AGUUUACUCUCUCUCUCUCUCUCUGCGCCUCCCUUCUCGAACUGAUUGUUCGAGAAGCGCCGGAAAAUUCUACCGAUAAGUGCGAGAAAUUUUCUUUCCGCCCAAACAACCACACGCGCGACCCUAGGUAUGAGGGGCGAAACCCGAGCGUGCGCGGCAUGCAGGUUCCAGCGCCGAAAGUGCACGGCGGAGUGCCUCCUGGCGCCGUACUUCCCGGCGGAGGACCCCCGCCGCUUCGCCAACGCCCACCAGUUAUUCGGCAUAAAAAACAUAACCAAGAUUCUCCUCUCCAUCCCCGCCGCCUCCAGGCCUGACGCCAUGCGCUCCAUAGUCUACGAGUCCAAUGCUCGCGCCGCCGAUCCCGUCGGCGGCUGCCUCCGCAUAACCCGCGACCUCUGCGCUCGCCUACGCGCCACCAUGGGUGAGCUCCUCCGCGUCUACAACCAGAUCGACCACCACCAAGAGACGCACGUCGUCCGCCCUCUCGAGGCGGCGCUCUCGCAAACUGCGUGGCCGCCGGUAAUCGGUGGUUGCGAUUUCUAUGCCGCUAUGGUGGAUAAUUAUAGCGUCCUGGCGGAUGAUCAUCUCCGUCGGUUUAACGAUAAUUUUGGGAAUGGGAGUGCAGAAUUGAGGCCGUUUCCUUCUGCAUUAGACGACGGAUUACAAGUCCAUCAUCAGCCGCCGCUAAUCCAGAACAGAGAUUGUGUCGAGGUAAAAGAAGAGUUAAUAGAGUUCCAGUCCUAGUCCUGGACAAGCAAAAACAUCAAGAAAUGAAGGUAAUACUUUGCGAUCUACUCAUAAAAAGGAAUCGCUUGUGUAGUUGGUAGAUCUUGGAUGUAUAAAGAUUGGGUAGGGUUUGACCUCGUCUGGCACUUUCAUUUAAUAGAAUAGUGAAAUUUGUAGAACCAAAGCGAACACGGUCCAAACUAUUUCACAUAAUCAUGUUAGAUAGUGUCAUUCAUUUAUUGGAAGAGAAACCUACUUUGUACAUUGAAAUGAUUUUGUGGUUAAACCUGACAAAGCAUGGGCCCUGUAAUAGUACAUUUUAACAUUUUUAUUUUAAAAACAUUUAUUUGAUGUAUUAAAAAAUCAUUAUAUUAUAAAAUUUUCAUUUUUUGCAUGACCCCUUAAA